CACCUCCUACCGUGUAAUAGACCUUGACAACGGUAUAGCAAGACACAUCCAGAACAAAAGACUGAUCUAUCCACGCUUAUUGGUAGGUGUCUGCAGGUACGUCUCCGUGACAGAAAGCAAAUGACCAGUCUCAGGAAGCGUGAGGGAACUGGUAGAUUAAUCGUCUGAAGGGGAAUGUGAAAUCAGUUUGUGCUGAAAGAUUCUUUCUCUUUAAAGACCAUCGGAGCAGAAGUCUACUUUGACACUUCAGUUAUUAAUUUAACAAUAAAACUAACUGAGAAAUAAUUUUAGCUUGACAAAAAAGAAAGAAAGGAAGGAAUUAGAUAAUUUGAAAUAAUGGCAUCACCAAUGAAACUAUGUGUUUUGGUCGCAUUGCUUGUUACGUGCUCAAACGUGGACGGAUUUGGUUCCAACAGAAAAUAUUUACAAGAGCUUUUCAACUGCAUCCCGUGCGACUUCCGAAACUGUAAGUUUCCCCAGAAUCAGUGUGAACUUGUUCUGGAGACAGGUAUCUGUGGCUGCUGUCCCGUGUGUGCGCGCCUUGAUGGACAGCUGUGCGGACUGACGCGGGGACGCUGUGGCAUGGGGUUCCAGUGUCUGCCGGAUCCGCACGCCACGCAACCCUUGUUGGCGCUUCUCCGAGGCAAUGCAAAAUGCGUUUCCUUCAGCAAAAUCAAGAUGUUUUACGAAAAGUAAUCACAGACGAUUCACAACAGAGUGGGUGCUACGACAACGCCGCGCCACCGUGGUGAUCGAAGAAAGAAUCCUCUGGCAAUCCAGCAAAUAGACAGCAACAUAGUCAUUUAACAGCUACCCAAUUUAUUGGAGACAUAUUGGACAGUUUCGUAUUUAUUUGAGACAUUCUGGACAUUGUCUUCAUUAUUUCACGCAUAUUAGACAGUUACUUCAUUAUUUCACGCAUACAUGUACGCCAUUAAUUUAGUCAUGUUAAAAUAGUUAAUUCAUUAUCUCUCUCAUAUCAGACAAUUACUUCAUUGUUUCACAUGUAUUAGACAAGUAUGCCAUUAUUUCACACAUAUUAGACAGGUAAGCCAGUAUUUAACACAUAUUAGACAAUUACUCCAUUAUUUAACACAUAUUAGACAGAUACGCCAUUAUUUCACACAUAUUAGACAGGUAAGCCAUUAUUUCACACUUAUUAGACAGGUAAGCCAUUAUUUCACACAUAUUAGACAGGUAAGCCAUUAGUUGACAUAAAUUAGACGGGUAAGCCAUUAUUUAACACAUAUUAGACAGGAAAUCCAAUUUUUAACACAUAUUAGACAGGUAAGUUAUUAUUUAACACAUAGUAGACAAUUACUCCAUUAUUUAACACAUAUUAGACAGGAAAGCCAUUAUUUAACACAUAUUAGACAAUUACUCCAUUAUUUCACACAUAUUAGACAGGAAAGCCAUUAUUUAACACAUAUUAGACACUUACUCCAUUAGUUCACACAUAUUAGACAGGUAAGCCAUUAUUUUGCACUUAUUAGACAGAUAAGCCAUUAUUUCACACAAAUUGGACAGGCAAGCCAUUAUUUCAGACACGUUGAAACGGAUAUUAAAUUAUUUCAGUCAUAUGAACGGUUACUCAACUAUUUCACAGAUAUUAGACAAUCCAUUAUUUUACCAAUGUUAGAUAGAAAAUUGUUGUUGUUUUCGAAUAUAUUGGACAGUUAGUUUAUUAUUUCAGAUAAAAUAAGGA